AUGGAAGCGACCGGACGCCUCGCGCCCCGGCUGGGCUGGCGCGCCACCGCAGCAGGACCCCGCGCCCUUCGCGGCCCCACUCGCGCUGACGCAUCCUCGUCGGGGCAGGCCACCGGCGAGCCAUCCACACCCCCCUGGUUAGGUCAGAACCGAUGGGUCGAUUGCGCUCCGCCAGGAAAGUUGAUCGAGCGUGAAGAGUACGGGCUGCAGGGCGAUAGCCCCCUCAACAGGGCAGUGAACUUGGCGCUUCACAGCCCCCUCUUCGGCGCUAUGAAGGUUAUUGCGAAGGGGAUCAUGAAGAGCACCGCGGAGAAAAGAGGUGUGCCAUGGAGAAGAAGGUGCAAAGACUUGGAAGCGUCAGAGGUGUAUGAAAUCUUUCCAGAAAUCGAAGAUGUCUCCAUCGAAUAUCCUUCAUACUACACAAUGCAGUUUCAUGGGUACGAAGAAGGGAACCUCAGUUGGACUGCAGCUUUCGAGAUAGAGAGUGCAACAGAAGUCAUUUAUCUAAGGAACUGGAACAACGAAGACAUCACACCUGAAGUUGCCAUGGCUAGGAUGAAAAACAACAUUGUGGGUGCUAUUUUGGAAUACACCAAAUCUGCACCUGUCCGGCUCAUUGAGGAUGUCCUUGAUGUGGGCUGCUCUGUUGGGAUGAGCACGCGAUGGCUUGCAGAGGCCUUCCCCUCUGCCUCCUGUACUGGCCUAGACCUCUCACCUUACUUCUUGAGUGUCGCUGAGCUUUGUGAAAGGAAAACUACCGAUCAGCGGCCAGGGCGCAGGAUUCGGUACGUGCACAGCAAUGCUGAGGCAACAGGGCUCCCUUCCAAGUCAUAUGACCUGGUCAAUAUGCAGUUUGUGGUGCAUGAGUGCCCUGCUGCAACCACAGUGGACAUCGUUCGAGAAGCCAGGCGGCUGCUCAGGCCAGGAGGCAUGCUGGCUGUCACGGAUCUGGACCCGCGAUCGAGGGUGAUGCAGAACACCCCUCCCCUGUUAUACACAUUGCGGAAAUCGAUGGAGCCCUGGUAUGAUGAAUACCUCUCCAUGGACUUCGAGGGGAUGAUGGAGUCGGAGGGGUUUGAAAAUGUGCAGUAUGUGCCCGUUACUCACAGGCACAGGUCUGUCAUGGGAAUCAAGAGGUAA